AAGCACCAAUCAGGGUCGUCACUUUUGGUGGAAAACGCUUCGAAUUAUCCUCAUAUGAAGUUGCACCGAUCUCCACACACCGAAUCAAUAUGUCCGACCAUCCAGACGAGUUCUUCCUAUAUCAUAAGAUGACAGAUCUCGCCAAAUCACUGAAAAAAUCCUCAAAUGAAGCGGCAGGAUGGGAUAUUUAUGCAGCAGAAACGCAUGAAAUCCCCCCGCAUUCACGAGCUGUGGUAGGAACGGGAGUCACAAUUGACCCCUCCAAGCAUACCUAUACAUGAAUAGCUCCACGCAGCGGACUGGCUGCAUGAGGAAUUGAUGUGGGCGCAGGAGUCGUCGAUCCAGAUUACACUGGGGAACUCAAGGUCGUACUAAUCAACACAACAGAUUUCGUAUUUUCGGUCAAGCCGGGAGAUAGAAUAGCCCAAAUAAUCUUCGAG